GGCUCGGCUGCUGAGCGGCUUUGAAAUGAGACGACCCACUUUGCAUCAUUGCAUGCGUUAAGGCCCAUGCUUUGUUUGUCCGUGCGGUUCUACGCCAACGACGCCAUGCUCUUCCUUCUUCCUCCCUCUAAUUCAUGGCUCUCUCGAUUUGCCUUCUCGUUCCUAUAUGGUUUGUGCAUUAUCAGGUACAUGGGAAAAUGCUGAAAUGUCUAUGAUAAAGUCUCAGUUUGCAUGAGAUGAACAGGAGUCUCUUGGCCUUAAUAGUAGGGACUUGUGUAGGCUUUGUCUUUGGAGUGGGUGUGGCAAUUUCAUUUGUGUGCUGCUUCUGGUGCCAAAAUAAGCAUACACGGGCAAAGAGAAGCUCCCAGCAAGCAGGAAACAUUCCUGUUCGUGUCAAGGUAGUUGAUCAUGGCAGAUCAUUGUCAAGCUCAAAUGUGGAGCUGGAGUCAGCCGUAUCAUCUGACUGGAGUGACAUGCCUCUUUGGUUGGAAGGACUUAAGAGGAAGGAUGUUGGUUCUGCAUGCGGAAUUCCAAAAUAUUCUUACAGAUACAUGCAGAAGGCAACUUCUAAUUUCACAACCAUCAUAGGUCGUGGAGCAUUUGGUUCCGUUUACAAAGCUCAGAUGCUCACUGGUGAAACAGUUGCUGUUAAAGUUCUUGGUAAUAAUUCAAGACAUGGAGAGAAGGAGUUUUUGACUGAGGUCUUGUUACUUGGAAGGUUACAUCACAAACACCUGGUGGAUUUGGUGGGGUAUACUGCAGAAAGAGGACAGCAUAUGCUCCUUUAUGCUUAUAUGAGCAAUGGCAACCUCGCCUCUCACUUAUAUGGUUUAGGCAAAAAUCAGGAGGCAUUAGAUUGGGAUGCAAGACUUCGGAUAGCACUAGAUGUUGCAAGGGCACUUGAAUAUCUGCAUUAUGGGGCUUCUCCACCUGUUGUGCACCGUGACAUUAAAUCUUCCAACACACUGCUGGACCAGUUUAUGAGAGCCAAGGUAACUGACUUUGGGCUUUCGAGACCAGAGAUGAUUAAAACCCGUUCAUCUAAUGUCAAAGGAACUUUUGGCUAUCUUGAUCCUGAAUACGUGUCAACAAAAACUUUUACCAAGAAAAGUGAUGUUUAUAGUUUUGGUGUGCUACUCUUUGAAUUGAUUACUGGCAGGAAUCCACAGCAGGGCAUGAUGGAAUAUGUGAAACUAGCAGCCAUGGAAGCCGAGAGUAAGGUUGGAUGGGAAGAAAUUGUGGAUUCACAGCUUAAUGGAAAAUAUGAUGUGCCUAGGCUUAAUGAUAUGGCUUGUCUUGCUUUGAAAUGUGUCAGUGAAGCAUCCAGAGACCGACCUUCCAUGAGGGACAUUGCUGGAUCAUUAUCUCAGCUCUAUAAGAAGCAGCAUUAUUGUAGAGAUGAUAAUACACAGUCUCCUGCUGCAGUAAAUGAAGUUUCCAUUGAAGUGGAACGUCUAAAAAUCCAGGAAUUUUCAUCCACAGAGCGCUCAAUCUUGUUGCACAGAUUGCAUAGCCGAUGAUGGUAUGUGGUGUGAUUUUGGAUAUCUGUAAAUAUUUGUUUUGUAUACCCUUUUUUUCUUAUUAUAUGUAGAUAUCUAGUGUUAUCUUGGAUUAUUAUAAGGACUUAGAUUCUCUACAUUUACUUUAGUGAAUGUAUCAUAGGAAGUAAAGAGAUAACGGGCAUAUAACCUCGGGUUCAGCCGUUCAGGAAUCAUUCACACUCAUAUUUUGUUGUGUCAGUCUCUCUUUAAAUGGUUUUACUGCACAAAUGCAGGAGAGCUACUUUCUUGGUUUGGAUGGAAGGAAAGUUGGGAGGAAAAUAGAAGGGAGAGAAAACUGCCAAGGCCAUUUUCCCUCAUAGUAUUCUUUUCUUCUUGUCUCCCCAUCUAAACCACGGGUAAAGUUUGGAUUGGGAUUACCAGAUUUGAUAAUUUUUGCUCAUGUAUAGUUUUUUCUUCUUUUAUUUAAGUUGUUUGGAGGAAAAGCUUUGGGUAAGCUUUGAUUCUUGACAGUAAUAGAAUAGUUACAACAUAAUUAUACUGGUUUUGUUUAGCUGUCCCUGAACCAAAAUCUGUUUUGCUUCAUUUUUUACAUUUGUUGGAGAACGAAUCAAGUGGAGUGGAGUGAAGGGGGUU